AUGGCAACUGCCUCGGCAAUCGUGAUGCUGAGUAUUCUGACCGUUCUAGAACCUGGCACACCAACCGAUAUCCAGUGCCCCAUUAAAAUGUACCUUGUGUCGACAAGUAUAAUGCCCAUGGCCCCAGACUGUCGUCUGCUACAUAUAUCACUGAUGCUGGUGUUUCAUGCCACACUCAGUGUGGUAACCUCGACUCCUGAUCCAAAAGAGGAAGACUUUCCAUUGGUGGUGCGGGUACAACGUCACGGUGCACCAGAUUGUGUUGGAACGAUAAUCGCGGCGAACUGGAUCAUAACGGCUGCCAGCUGUUGUGACACAUUACCAUCGUCUGGUUUAACUUGGAGAGUAAUACUAGGAAACUGUAAAUUACCCACAUCUCUAUCGGGAACAUAUUACGUCAGUCCCGAUUGCUGA